CGUCGCGCGACGCGGUCCAUUUCUCCAAUACACCGCCUAGGUUGGGUUCCCUUUUCCAUUGAGCUUUCAGAUAAACCACAGUGCCACCAAGAAUCACCCAAUUUGCUCGUUUGUCUCCUUCUCUUGCCGCUCGCACACCCAUUCCAGAGGUAAGAUCCCGGCCCGUAUUGAACAUAGAAAUAAGUGAACUAGGCCUCCAAACCCUUUGAACCCCACCACACUCCUGAAAGAUAUGGUUCUGUGUUUUUUUAAGGUCACAGAAGGGGCAGCC